AUGGUACUACAUACGAGAUUGACCGAGAUGCUUGGCAUUUCUGUACCUGUCGUUCAAGGGGGCAUGCAGUGGGUUGGGGUACCACAGAUGGUUGCUGCGGUAUCGAAUGCUGGAGGGUUGGGGAUCCUCACUGCAUUUUCCCAGCCAAACCCCGAAGCCCUUCGUGAAACGAUCAAAGAAACACGUAGACUUACGGAUAAACCCUUCGGUGUCAACAUUACCUUUCUCCCCGCCAUCAAUCCUCCUGAUUAUGGUGCGUUUGUACGCGCCGCAAUUGAGGAAGAUGUAAGGAUAUUUGAAACUGCUGGUAACAAUCCGGGACCGGUGAUCAAAUAUCUCAAACAAAAUGCAGCGAUCGUGUUGCACAAGUGCACCACUAUCCGACAUGCCAAGUCCGCCAUUAAGAUGGGCGUGGACGUUUUGUCCAUUGACGGGUUUGAAUGUGCAGGACAUCCUGGAGAAGAGGACAUCGGGGGCGUCGUAUUGCUUGCCCGUGCAGCUCAAGAGUUGAAUGUUCCCUACAUCGCGUCAGGCGGGUUUGCAGAUGGACGGGGUUUAGCAGCGGCUCUCGCCUUAGGCGCAGACGGUGUCAACCUGGGCACCCGUUUCUUAGCAACCGUUGAGGCACCCAUUCACCAGAACAUCAAAGAAGUGCUGGUCAAGUCCACCGAACGAGAUACAAUUCACAUCUUCCGCACUCUCGGUAAUACUGCACGCGUUUAUAAGAAUGCUGUUGCCAAAGAGGUUGUACGGCUGGAACGACGACCUGGCGGAGCCAAUUUUGAGGAUCUAAGAGAGCUCGUUAAAGGUGAACGUGGAAGGAAGGUUUACACGGAGGGAGAUGUUGAUGCAGGGAUUUGGACUGCUGGCAUAGCAGUUGGGUUGAUAAACGACAUACCUCCGUGUAAAGAACUAUUGGACAGGAUGGUGAGAGAGGCCGAAGAGAUCAUUGGCAAGAUGGAUAGCUUGAGGAAGCCCAAGGCAAAGCUGUAG